GCGAGUCGAAAAAAAACCGUUGAACGAGUUGGACGCGCGGUCUGCGGUUUAAGCAAAUACAAACGCAAAUGGACGCCAAAUUUGUUGUUAAAAUUAAUUCAACUAACUAAAAAAAUGUUGGUUUGACGAAAUUAUAUUAUUGCCGUUGUGUGUUUCAACACAUAGCGUUUGUGUUUCUAUUGCGCGACGCGUUUCCAGUGUGUGUGUGUGUGUGUGUGUGAGUGUAUUUGUGUGCAAGUACCUUUGUAUGUUGUGCAUUAAUAAAAUAUUAGUAAAUCAUUAAUGAGCAAAGCUGAAAAGUCAACACGCAAAUACUUGCGAAAUUAUUAUCGCCAGCUGCAGGGCAAGUCUUAAUUGCAGUAAUUAACUAGAAAAAAAAAAGAGGAGAAGAGCAGUGAAAAACAAGUGAAAAGCAUAAAAGAAAGUGAAACGAAACGAAAAGUGUGACAAACUAAACGAGCAACCCACGCAAAGGGUCGCGUGUCUUUGACUAAUUAAAACAUGAUGUUGGCAACCCUGUUGGCAGUUAGCUGAAAACUUCCACACACGACAUUAUGUCGCUGCGCAGCAACAACAGCGGCAACAUGUCAUACCAGCAGCAGCAGCAACAGUUGCUCGCACAGCUGCAGCAGCAGCAUAAAUUUCAGCAGCAGCAGCAGCAUCAGCAACAACAGCAACAGCAGCAGCAACAGCUCUCCAAUGGAACUGGCUCCAAGUACAUCAACAGCAAUACGAGUCGCAAUAAUCUGGCAACGCUUGUGGCGGCCAUCAAUGGGCAUGAUCAAGCGGAUGGGCCGACGGCAACGCACAACAGCAACAGCAACAACAGCAGCAACAGCAACAGCUAUCAGCUCUCCCCUGCAGCUGCCUCGCGUGUUGCCCACUCUGCGCCGUUGGGUCCGCCCUCCUACAGCGCUGCCACCGCGCAGCAGCCGGCGUUCGCCUACUUUAGCCAGCAGCAACAUGCAGCGUUAGCCUACCAGCAACAGCAACAACAACAGCAGCAACAACAGCAGCAGCAACAAUUGUCGCUGCCUCCGCCGGAUCUCACGGAUGGCAUUGAUCAUCAUCCGGCCUCCAAUUCGCCGCCAGAUUCGCCGCUUGCCGCCUCUGCUGCUGAACUGGAGCAGCAGCUGUGCGUCGUGGCCAAGAUGCAAAAGUCGGUGACAAUUACCGUUACGCCGCAGCGCAGCAACUCCAUGGAUUUUCUCAACUUUGAGGAAAAGCGUCAGCUAAUCGCCUCCUCGCUGUCGCUCUCCGAUAUUUUGCACAGCAACAAUGCAAAUGCCAAGGAAUCGAACGCAAUCAAUGCGAAUGGUGCCAAGAAACAAAAUGGCGCCGCCAUACGCACAAAUAGCCUGGGCUCUGGCACCCGCACCCCGCCCCUGGAGCGUAAAAGCAAAUUGAGCGCCCUCGGCCGCUUCUUCAAGCCCUGGAAAUGGCGUCGAAAAAAGAAGAGCGAAAAAUUCGAAGCUGCAUCCAAAUCACUGGAGCGCAAGAUUUCUGUACGUGCCAAUCGCGAUGAACUAGUGCAAAAGGGCAUUCUGUUGCCAGAGAGCCCGCUGGGCAAUAUACCAGAACCGGGCGAGGAGUCGUACUAUAAUAGUGGAGCCACUGCGAAUGGCUCACUACUCUCAGCCGUCCACAAUAAUUCCAUAAAUCAAGCCAACAAUUCCAUUAAUGCCACCACCUAUGGCAGCGCCAACAAUGCGUUGCUCACACAACAGCAGCAGCAACAGCAACAAUUGCAGCAGCAACAGCAACAGCAGCAGCAAUUGGUGGGCGGGGGCGUGGCCAGCUCAAUAUCCGUGCAACAGUUCAAUGCAAAUUCCAUGCUCAAUGGCGCCAGCCUCAAUCAACAGAAUUCCAUGGCCAAUGGUGGUGGAGGAGGAGGCGGCGGUGGAGAUGGCUCCUCGGACACAUCCUCAUUGAGUGGCGGCGUGCCACACUCGCAGUCGGCACCACAGCAACUGAGCGUGGGUCAGCAGGGGCAGCAGCAGCAGCAGCAACAGCAGCCGCCGCCAUUGACGCCGCUCGCUCAGCAUCAUCAGGCGCUGGCACAGCAGCUGCAGCAGCGAUUCGCCAUCAGCAAUAAUAACGAACCAAGAAAAGACAAGACUGAUGCACAACAACACGGUGGCAAUGGCACAUUAUCAACACCGAAUAUUGAGCAGCCAACAUGCCAGGGCUCUAUGCUGCCGCCACCCGGUGGUGGCGGUGGCGGUGGUGGUGGAGGCGCUGGUGUUGGUGGCGGUGCGGGCGGUGCUGGCAUGCACCAGCAGCAAUAUAACCAACAGAACGAUUCCAACAACAAGGCGGAGCGGCCCAAUACUCUGGGUGGCAGCAACAAGCUGUCGCGGCGAGGAGUCAACAUCUGCUACCACAAUGAGCAUUAUGGCGGCGAGGAUGGCAAAAUGGUGGGCGGUCCGCCGGGCAGCACACCGCCGCCAUAUGCUGGUGGCAAGCUGCCGCCGGGCGUGAUGCUCAGCGAGCUGCCAGAGCCGCCGAUACCGGUAUCGGAAAUUGGACCCAUCCCACCGCCGCCGAUGUUCUCCACGCCGAGCCCGACGCUCAUCGCUGGACGACCGCACGGGCCAGGCGCCAUGAACGAUCAGGACUACCAGCAGGACUAUGACUAUGAUGAUCACGAUCCCGAUCAGGAUGAGCUCGACUCGGAUGAUGAGUAUGCGCCGUACGGCGGCGUUGCUGGCAAUCAUGUGCGAGUCAUGGAUACGCAGCGUGUCGAGGAAAUUCCAGCCAAAGAGCCAAAACCAAAUGCAGUUCCUCUCAAGUCGGCGCUGAAGAAGAAGGUGGGCAUGGUGGGCGGCGGCAGCAAUGCCAACUCGGCCUCGACGCCCGUCACGCCCACACAGGAGCAUCACAGUGCUGCCACUGCGGCGGCCAUAUCCAAUAGCAACGGCGGCAUCGGCUCCAUGGCAGCCGCAGCUGCCGCUGCCGCCCAGCAGCAGUCGGCCAAUCAGCGGCCCUUGGUGGUGCGCCAGGAUGCGGCGGGCAACAACUAUUCGCUCAAGCCUAUACUACGACCACGGAUUAGAAUAUGCAGGCAGCAAAUGUUCAAUAUCCAACUGCCCUGCACUGUGGAGAACAAGGAGAACACUCGGCCGUUUGUGAUAAGGGAGAGCAGCAGCGAUAGCGAUGAGAGCGAUGGCCAGAUUGUCUAUCGGGACGAUGACAAUGAUAACACACGGCUGGCGAAGCUGGCGCGCAAGGAGUCGCUGUCGCUGAAGCUGCAGCUGCGGCCCGACAAACAGGAUCUGAUCAAUCGCAACAUUCUGCAUCAGGUCAACGACAAUGAGAUCAAGGAGUCCAAGGAGGCGAUCGGUGCGCGCCUCAUCCGACGACUGUCGAUGCGACCCACCGCCGAGGAGCUGGUCGAGCGCAACAUUCUAAAAACUCAAUCACCCGCCGAGGAGAAGAAGCAAAAGGAGGAGAAGAAAUCGUAUUUGCUGCGCAAGCUCAGCUUUCGGCCCACCGUCGAGGAGCUCAAGGAGAAGAAGAUCAUACGCUUCAACGACUACAUUGAGGUGACGCAGGCCCACGACUACGAUCGACGGGCGGACAAGCCAUGGACAAGACUGACGCCAAAGGACAAGGCCGCCAUACGCAAGGAGCUGAACGAGUUCAAGUCCUCCGAAAUGGCAGUCCACGAGGGCAGUCGCCAUCUGACGAGAUUCCAUAGGCCAUGACGAUUGCAAUGGCAGCAACUUUCCAACAAAUUACAACAACAACCCAAACAAUUGUAUUUUGUGCAGCAACCAAUUGUCAACAAAUAUUUAAAAGCAAAACAUUAAAAAAAAAA